UCUCGCCUCACCUCAGCUCACCUCACCUACCCAGCAAACACUGAAGCCAAGAAACAGAUAGAUAAUGGAAAUGGUAGCAACUUCUUGCCCUCAGUUCGGUGGACUUCGCCGCUCAUGCCCCACCUUACACACUCCACGAUCUCUGUCUUUCGUUCAACACAUCAACUCUCAACUCCGUCUCUCCUCUUCUCGCAAGCCUUGCCGAGCUGUUGUUGCCAUGGCUGGCUCUGGGAAGUUCUUUGUUGGGGGUAACUGGAAAUGUAAUGGAACAAAAGAGUCUAUCACAAAGCUUGUUUCUGACCUGAACGGUGCAAAGUUGGAGAGUGAUGUUGAUGUGGUUGUGUCACCCCCCUUUGUCUACCUUGAUAUGGUGAGUUCUUCAUUAACUGACCGGAUUGAGAUAUCUGCUCAGAACUCUUGGAUUGGAAAAGGUGGGGCUUUCACUGGAGAAAUCAGUGUGGAACAAUUGAAAGAUAUUGGCUGCAAAUGGGUCAUUCAUGGGCAUUCUGAACGCAGACAUAUUAUUGGUGAAGAUGAUCAGUUUAUAGGAAAGAAAGCUGCUUAUGCUCUGAAUGAGGGUCUUGGAGUGAUAGCGUGUAUCGGUGAAUUACUAGAAGAAAGAGAAGCAGGGAAAACUUUUGAUGUAUGCUUCCGGCAACUAAAGGCUUUUGCUGAUGUUGUACCAAGUUGGGACAAUGUAGUUAUUGCUUACGAGCCGGUAUGGGCCAUUGGGACCGGUAAAGUGGCUACUCCCCAGCAAGCUCAGGAGGUACAUGCAGCUGUUCGCGAUUGGCUUAAAAAGAAUGUUUCCGAGGAAGUGGCAUCUAAAACACGCAUCAUAUAUGGAGGGUCCGUGAAUGGAAGCAAUUGCAGUGAGCUUGCAAAGCAACAAGAUAUUGAUGGAUUUCUUGUUGGUGGUGCUUCUUUGAAGGGGGCGGAGUUUGCUACAAUUGUCAACUCUGUAACAUCCAAAAAGGUUGCUGCUUAAAUAUAUACAAAGAGAAGCUGAUUGAGGCUGGCGAUUUGAUUGAGUUGCAAUCCCCCUA